GAACCCAGGUCAUGUGAUUAAUCAUGUGAUCACACGUACGGGUUUAAAUGGUGUUGUGACAAGAAUUGUUGUCUGACAUGGCUGCUGCACAGUUCGUGUUGUUGUGCACGUUGUUGUCUGUGACACUAGCGGCAGGUGCCCGAUACGACCCCACAUGGGAGUCACUGGACCAGAGGCCCCUCCCGGCCUGGUACGACGAGGCCAAGUUUGGCAUCUUUCUUCACUGGGGGGUGUUCUCUGUUCCAAGCUUCGCAGGUGCUUGGUUCCAGGAGUUUUUGCUUAAUAAAAGACCGGACGUUGUAGAGUUUAUGAAGAAAACCCACCGACCGGAUUUUACCUAUGCUGACUUUGCCGCACAAUUUACAGCUGAGUUCUACAACCCCGACGAAUGGGCGGAGAUAUUCAACGCUUCAGGCGCAAGAUAUGUUGUGCUGACAACAAAGCACCAUGAAGGAUUCUGCAACUGGCCAACCAAAUACUCGUUCAACUGGAAUGCCAUGGACGUUGGCCCUCGCAGGGACUUAGUGGGUGACCUGGCCAACUCCAUACGGAAGAAGUCCAUCCUAAAGUUUGGUAUUUACCACUCACUGUUCGAGUUUGUCAACCCGUACUUCAAACAUGAUCAGAGGAACAAGUUCCAGACCCAAGAUUUUGUUCGGUUCAAGACAAUGCCCGAGUUGUAUGAGCUGGUGAACCUGUACAAGCCUGAUGUGGUGUGGUCAGACGGACAGUGGAUGGCGCCAUCGUCCUACUGGAACUCUACACACUUCCUGGCCUGGCUGUAUAAUGACAGCCCUGUAAAGGACACAGUGGUGACGAAUGACCGAUGGGGAAGUGACACAUUGUGUAAACAUGGAGGAUACUACACCUGUCAUGACAAGUUCAAUCCAGGUGUGGUACAGGAGCACAAAUUUGAGGAUGCGACUACUAUAGACAGGAGUGCAUGGUCCUACAGACGUAACGCCCAGCUGAAAGACUUCAACACCAUAGAGCAACUGAUUAGUCAGUUGGUGGUGGUUGUCAGCUGCGGUGGUAACUUCUUGCUGAAUGCCGGCCCCACCUCCAGCGGUAUGAUUGGUCCGAUAUUUGAGGAGAGACUACGGCAAGUAGGGAAGUGGUUGAAUGUUAAUGGUGAGAGUAUUUAUGGAACUCGACCCUGGAGUACUCAGAAUGACACAGCGACACCUGGUGUCUGGUACACAUCCAAGACGUCUGCAGCUGGUAUUUCCGUGUACGCCAUCACUCUCAGCUGGCCUAGGGGAGAUAUGCUGGAGCUAGCUGCCCCACAGACUGGUCCCGCCACCACAGUGAGGUUGCUAGGAUACCGAGGAUACUUUGAUUUCAAAUCUGGCCCCACAUCAGGAAUGACAGUCAUGAUUCCACCAAUUCCUGUCACUCUGAUGCCAUGUCAGUGGGCCUGGGUUUUCAGGAUUGACAAUUUAGAAAACCUGUAACUCUGACUAUCAUUAGAAGGGGAGGGGUGUGGAUAUAUUCUUUUACAAUGCGUAAUACUGAUAAUGUGUACUUACUUGCAUUGUGACAUUUGUCUUAUUUUGUCCAUGGAAACCAUUAAUUUAGAAACCAGAAUAAUAAAUGUGGCAUAAAACAAAUUUUAUGGUAUUCGCAUCAAAUUGGUGACAUAAUUUUGUACUUGCUAACUUGAAUGAUGCAUGUCAUUGAUCCCGAUUGCGUAGAUCAAUGCUCAUGUCAAUCACUGGAUUGUCUGAUCCAAUUAUUUACAGAUCGCUGUCAUGUAGCUGGAAUAUUGCUGAGUGCGGCGUUCAACAACAAACAAACAACACAAUUUUGUUUGUUUUAAAAGCUUGGUUUUCAUUAGGUUAUUUUAAGUGACUGGUUACAACUCUUUACUUUUCAGACAGUUAAAUUCUGGUGGUUUGUAAUAAAUACUGGUCUAUUAUUUUCAGAU